AUGACGGUUAUAUUCCCGAUCGUGACCAGUGCGCAAAGGGCGGUGCUGGGCGUGGCUCUCUCCUUCUCGAUCCUCGCCGUGACUGCAGUAGCUUUACGACUUCUGGCCCACCAGAUUGCAAGAAAAAAGUGGACUCCGAGUGAUUAUUUUAUCAUUGCUGCCUGUAUAUUCGCCGUUGCCCUUCAAUCUAUUAGCAUCACGGGCGUCGUGCAAGCCGGGAUCGGAUACGACCAUGUCACGUCCAUUGCGGCCAUCUAUGGAAUUCAACCGAUUACUAAAUUGCUUCAACUGAUCAUUCCACUGCAGUUCCUCUGGGUCCUCAGCUUAAGCUGCACUAAAGUGUCCAUCCUGCUUCUGUAUCUCCGCAUUUUCCCUGUCACUGCGGUGGUACGCAUUGCCUGGGUGACCAUUGGCGUGAUUGUAGCUUGGGCUAUCGCGACAAUCCUGGUUGGGUGUUUGAUUUGUCGACCAUUCGCGUACAAUUGGGAUCAAACCAUCCCUGGCGGUUCCUGCGGAAACCAGGUCACUUCAUUCACUGCGACAGGGGUCAUCAACCUGGUUACAGAUGUUAUUGUUCUGGUCACACCGAUGCCGUUGUUAUAUCGGCUGCAGAUGGCAAUGUAUAAAAAGGUUACUUUGAUGACGGUUUUCGGGCUGGGAAUAGUGACCUGCGUGAUCAGCGCGCUCCGGAUCUCAGUCUUGUCCACAAUGGACUUCCAGGACAUAACGUACACCAUCCCUCGUGCCAACAUCUUCAGCGGUGUCGAACCAUGUCUCGCCAUCAUCCUUGCGUCGGUCCCCUUGAUGCGACCCCUCCUAGGGCGAUCAAGAUACACACCCACUACAACAGGAAGGGGGAAUGCCAAGUCUUCCUCCCCAUCCGCAGGCCCCAAGAACGCUAGUGGCGAUGGGUUCCAGCCGCUGGAUGACGACUCGAGCCAGUUGUGGCUCCGGCCGCUGGGACCAAAGCACUCUGCAGAUAUCACUGCGCAGAAAUCUGCAUCUAUUGGAGACCUGAGUUGUCGCAGCGAAGGGUCUCUUGAGGCUAGGAACGCUGGGCAUACAACAUCAGGACAGAAUUGGAAGGACGGUAUCAGGAUACGGCAGGACUGGGCUGUGCUCAAGGGAUCACAGAAAUCGCACUCCUGA